AGAAGGAGACAGAGAGAGAAAGAUAGAGAGAGAAAGAGAGAGAGAGAGAGACAGACGACGCACAUCGCUGGUUCACCUCCGCCGAUGGAGUGCCGCACGCGGCGAGCAUUGUUACAGCAGCUGACAAUCCAACUCCCGACGAUCGCCGACCCGUCGACGACGACGCUGCCGACAGCGCGCGAACGCCACCGCGCGACGUCAUCGCACACGCAUACGCACACGCCGACGAGCGGGGUUUCCCGGUAUCGCAUCACGAGCGGAAGCGAGCCGACGUGUAGCAUCUAAUUAUUAUAAGCGCUGACGAACACACGUAACAUCGCCAUGACGACGCUUCCGACCGUCUUAGAGAACCAAGUACCAGCCGAGCAGCAGCAUCCCAACGGACGGGACUCUUCCGCAUCUUCCUGCUCCGAUGACGAGGUCGUCGUGCCGUCGCUGAAGCCGCCCGAUGGAGGCUGGGGCUGGAUGGUCGUCCUCGCCGCCUUCUUCAUUCACGUCAUCGCCGACGGCAUCACCUACUCGUUCGGCGUCUACCUGAUCGAGUUCAUCGAUUACUUCGACAGCAGUCGCAGCGCGACGUCGCUCAUCGCUUCCAUACUCGUCGGCGUGACGCUCGGAUCCGGUCCGCUGGCGGGCGCCUUGGUGAACAAGUUCGGCUGCCGCGCCGUGACAAUUCUAGGAUCGGUAAUAGCCUCUUUUGGCUGCAUCAUCAGCAUCUUCGCUCCCAGCCUGGGCUUUCUCUACAUCUCCUUCGGUACCAUCACUGGUCUUGGCUUCGGCCUCACCUACCUGCCGUCGAUUGUCAGCGUGACGUUCUACUUCGAGAAGCGGCGCGCGCUGGCGACGGGCAUCGCCGUCUGCGGCUCGGGCAUUGGCACCUUCAUCUUCGCGCCCUUCACGCAGUACCUGAUCACCGAGUACACGUGGAAGGGCGCGCUGCUCGUGCACGCCGGCCUCAUACUCAACUGCAUCGUCUGCGGUGCGCUGAUGCGCCCCCUGGAGGCUGGCGGCAUGUCGCGCACUCCGAGCACGUCGAGCGGCAGCGAGUACACGAACAACCGCAGCAGCAACAACAGCGCGUACGGUCGCAAGGGGGCGCCACCGCGGGAUGAGAACCGGCCGCUCGUCAACGGAAAUGUUGGUGAACAGGUGGCGCUGCCGGCGGCUGAAGAGGGGCUCGGCGGGGAUGGUGGGACGCAGGACGGGCAGCUGUCGCCGAUGUCGCCGAAGCUGCCAUUCCUCAGCCCGACGCAGAGCGAGUACCUGGGCAUAACAGAGAGGGUCACGCAGUCGAACCCGAACCUCGUCGCCCUCACGACGGUGGCGCCGUCGGUGACGAUGACGCCCGAGCUGAAGCCGCGCAGCAGCAAGUCGAUGCAGCACGCGCGCAUGCGCACGCGCAGCCACACGCACCACUCCGAGUCGCACGACGCGUCGACGACGACGCCGGGCAUCAUGUACCGCAAGGACAUCCUCUUCACGGGCAGCCUGCUCGAGAUCCCGCAGUACAUGUCGAACCCGGACCUGUACCUGACGAGCAUCACGUCGAUCCCGCACCACCACCGCGUCGCCGCGUCGCCGCGCCGCGGCCGCUGCGGCUGGCCCGCGUGGCUGCGCUGCCCCGACGCGAUGACGGACGCCGUGCGCGAGAUGACCGACAUGUCGCUGCUGCGCGACGCCGUCUUCAUCCUCUUCGGCGUCUCCAACUUCCUGACGAGCGUCGGCUUCAACGUGCCGUACAUCUACCUGCCGGACAAGGCGGUGCACCACGCGAUCGCCGCCGAGGACGGCGCGCGUCUCAUCUCGAUCAUCGGCACGGCGAACACGCUGUCGCGCGUCGCGCUCGGCUACGCGUCCGACCACCGGCGCGUCAACCGCCUGCAGCUGUACGCCGCCAGCCUGACGGUGUGCGGCGUCGCCAGCAUCGCCAGCGUCUUCUGCGUCGACUUCGUCUCGCUCGCGAUCUACGCGGCGAUCUUCGGCGUGACGACCGGUUGGCUGUUCGACAUCACCAACAACUACAACUACUCGUUCUACAUGAUGGGCACGGCCGUCGGCAUCAGCGGGGCCAUGCUGUUCUUCCUUCCCUGCGUGCAGCGCUGGCAGACGCGGAGACGCGAGCGCGGGCGUGCGCAUGCGCAAGCGCCGAGAUGCCCGCAGAAGAUCUCCAUCUGCGAGAUGGAGUCGACCAUAUAG